ACCGCACUAAUUAAAUGCCAUCUGGGUGGUUCCUCUGGGCUUUUUGAGCCCAUCACCCAGUUCAGACAGAGUCAGAGGCCAAGGAGGAGAACAUGAUGAUGGACCUUUUUGAAACUGGCUCCUAUUUCUUCUACUUGGACGGGGAAAAUGUUACCCUGCAGCCCUUAGAAGUGGCAGAGGGUUCUCCUUUGUAUCCAGGGAGUGAUGGUACCUUGUCCCCCUGCCAGGACCAAAUGCCCCCAGAAGCUGGGAGCGACAGCAGCGGAGAGGAACAUGUCCUGGCGCCCCCAGGCCUGCAACCUCCCCACUGCCCUGGCCAGUGUCUGAUCUGGGCUUGCAAGACUUGCAAGAGAAAAUCUGCCCCCACCGACCGUCGGAAAGCAGCCACCUUGCGCGAGAGGAGGCGACUAAAGAAAAUCAACGAAGCCUUCGAGGCACUGAAGCGGCGGACUGUGGCCAACCCCAACCAGAGACUGCCCAAGGUGGAGAUUCUGAGGAGCGCCAUCAGCUACAUUGAGCGGCUGCAGGACCUGCUGCACCGGCUGGAUCAGCAAGAGAAAAUGCAGGAACUGGGGGUGGACCCCUUCAGUUACAGACCCAAGCAAGAAAAUCUUGAGGGCGCGGAUUUCCUGCGCACCUGCAGCUCCCAGUGGCCAACUGUUUCGGAUCAUUCCAGGGGGCUCGUGAUAACUGCCAAGGAAGGAGGGGCGAGCAUUGAUUCAUCGGCUUCGAGUAGCCUUCGAUGCCUUUCUUCCAUCGUGGACAGUAUUUCCUCGGAGGAACGCAAACUGCCCAGCGUGGAGGAGGUGGUGGAGAAGUAACCGCGGGCCGGCGCUGGAGACGUUCACCAUGUUGCAGGAAGAUCCCACCCUCCCUCCUUCGCCUAAUCCUUUAGAUUAGGUCACAUUACGUUAAUAUUUAGGAACUCAGACCCAGGAGUUUGUGAACGGGAAGGAGAACUUUUCGCAAAGAAACUUGUGCACGCUCAGAUGAAAAAGCCUUUCGGGUUUGGGCUUUUAUUUGUUGGAACCGCGAGUGGUUUAGGUCUUGCUGCCUUACAUCUUUUGUUUGUUUGUUUGUUUGUUUGGGUGGUGUCAUAAUAUAUUUUCUCUUAUUAUGAUGAUCUUUUUGUGUUUUGUGCAAAAGAAGUCCAUUCCUGUCCAAAGCGAAGUGGGAACGCUGAGUGUCAUUGUUAAUGGUAUUGAAUGUAUUUUUGUAAACAAUCUUAGUACUUUCAUUUUUUAUGUAAACUCAAGAAAUAUAUUGUAAAUGUGCAGUGGUGUAUUGUAUAUACAAUCUGCGAGGAUCCUGCUAUUGUAAUAUUAAAAAAGUAAGUUUCCAUA